CGUUCGUGGAUCGGCCACAAUCGGCGUGUACGACUUUCUCGCUCGCAGAUUUACAAACACGGAAGAAGGCUAGGAGCGGACUAGUAGAGGCUCUCCGGCGCCACAGUGCAUGCAGGUUCGCGGUAGCGCACGGAUCACCUCGCGUCCUUCACGGUUCCCCAAGUCGAGUCGGAACGAGUCGGAUGGGAUCGACGGUGUUGCGACGGUUGUCGGACGGCUGAGGGACGAGAUCCUGUUGGAGAGGAGGAGCACGGUGGAGAACGGGGGGAUCGAUGUUGGAAAGCGUUGCGACGGGAUGCCGGAACUCGAGGACGAUCAGAGGGACCAGCCGUUGGACGACGAGGAGGUGUGCCUGGACCUUGGAGAACCAUCGCCGGAAGUGAUUGAUUACGCGAGGCGGGAGCUCGGGGAGACGGACGACGUGAAGUGCAGGACUCUUCAGGAGCUGAGGGAUAUGAUUUAUGAGAGAGGGGAGUGUCUGCCGCGCAGGAUGGACGACGAUUUUUUGAUCAGAUUUUUGAGAACGAGGAAUUUCAACGUUAAUCGGGCACAUCGAUUGAUCGUGAAUUACUGCAACUUCAAAGAGGAGCAUCCGGAGAUCCACCAGGAUAUAAGGCCGCUCGAGAUGAAGUACAUCGGAGACGACGACGUUGUUUCCGUGCCGCCGUACAGGACCCAAUGCGGAAGAAGGAUAAUGAUAUACCGUUUGGGGAAUUGGGAUCCGAGGAAGUAUUCCGUCGAGGAGAUCUUCAAGGCGACCAUCAUUAUUCUCGAGCUCGGCGUUUUGGAGCCGAGGGCCCAGAUCCUCGGCGGAACCGUCAUCUUCGAUCUGGAGGGCAUCACCAUGGCCCACGCGUGGACCAUCACUCCCCAGGUUGCCAACAUGGUGAUAGCCCUCAUGGUGUCGGCGUUCCCGAUGAAGACUCACGCGAUACACAUCCUCCACCAGUCCUGGGUGUUCGACGUGAUGUUCUCCGUGUUCAAGCCGCUCCUCGACGCGAGGAUGCAGAAGAAAAUCUUCUUCCACGGCGGGAACAUGGACAGCCUUCACAAGCACAUCUCACCCUUCCAUCUGCCGAAGAGGUACGGAGGAAUCAGGGAGGAGUUGCCCUACUACAAGUGGAUCGACAACCUGAGCAAAGUGCCCCAGAUCGUGAAAGAGAUGAAGCAGCUCGGCUACAUCGUCCCCGAGGAGAUACUCCAACAGUUGGGCCAACUGAUCGAGGAUUGAAAUUAGGGGAACCCGCUUUGUCACGAUAUUAAACUUCUUCUUCCACUUCUUCAUCAAUACAUGUAACCCAUACACUCGUGUUCUACGGAAAACACACAGAUUUCAAGAUUUCGCGCGUUUGGAACGACUUUCUUUAUCCUGCAUUCCAAUUCGUUCGUUCGUUCGUUCUUUUUCUUUUUCUUUUUUCACAACCUUAACGGGCCUCUCUGCUCGCAGAGGUACGGAGCGCGAGGUAUAUCGAUUGAUUUUUGACCAGAGGAAAUGCGCCUCUUCUUUUGUCAUUAUUAUUAAAAUAAACCGGGGCGAGAAAUCGCGAGAAUCGAUAAGAAAAAUCGACGUCAAUUUCAAUUCCCUUGGGAAACUGUUCCGCCGGGAGCGGGACGGAAUAAGGAUUGUCGCUGAAAUUAUUGUAACGUUCCGAGCCUCGUGUAACGAACCAAAUAUAUACACUCCAUUAUA